AUGCCUGAUUCUAUUGAACGAAAUCGCCACAGAAGAGUAAUAAGGCGGGUGCCAUUGUGGGAAAGAAUCACAACCUGGCCGGGCAAUAAGCUGGUUGAAUUACAAGAAGACUGGGCUUUAAAUGAUUGGGACAGUAUUUAUAAAAAGUUAAGUUGGCCGGCCUCUUUAUUUUUGAAUGGACUUUCGAUAUCUCUUCGUCUUGGUUAUUGGUUUGACAGUUCAAAAUAUGAUCCAGUUUUUAACCCCCGAAUGACUACAUUUGCACUUUGGCUAGCGUUUUUUGAAUGGAUGUUAUUGAUUUUGAGUAUCGCAAAUGCUAUUUUCGUAUAUAUGUCUUUUAAGGAAUAUCAAAUGUUUGAGCACGAAAUCGAAAGUCGUCCAAAUUCACCAAAUGCUUACUUGAAAGAAAUUGGAGAUAAUAAUUAUUGGAUGUCUUCGUUCCCUGGAAAUAUUAUCUAUACCUUGUAUUCUUGGUUUUUUGAUGAUUUGAUUGGUAACGAAGAACGUCACUAUGUCUAUUACUCUCCUGCGCAAGUUUUAAUCCUCCAGUAUCUUGAUGCCGAUAAUUAUCAACACAUCCUUCUGGCCGCUGCUUUUGUUGGAUUUAACUUAAAAUUGGUUGUCAAAGCUUACGAAGAAUUAAUCAAAGAUAAACAAUUGAUUGCGGGUGAAAUUAUGAAUGAAUACAAUAAGAAAUUAGUUUAUCCACAUUUAUUCGUCCGCAAAUUCGAAAUAGGUACACAAACUAAUCCUGUAUCAACAUGGGAAUUGGAGGGAUAUGGCUAA